GGUCUCGACUACAGUGCGACGGUUGUGCUUCUGUUUUCAGCUGUUUUCAUCGAAUAGGAUUUAAAAGUACUUCCAAUAACAACCAGCAACCCAAAUUUAUAAAACUCAAAAAAGAGCAAACAUAAAGCCAGAAUGGAGCCAGGUGCAAGUGCUGUGAAUUAUGUGAAUUAUGAAGGCAGCGCCUCUAUCGGCGGCAUGCCUAUUGAGGCACACGAUCCCAUCUACCUGGAGGCCUAUCGCCAGAGCAUACAAAAUCCGGUGGCCUUCUGGGAGGAGCAGGGACAUCUGUUGGACUGGGAUAGACCCUGGCAGCAGGUGCUGGACAACAGCAACCCGCCCUUCAGCAAGUGGUAUGUCGGUGGAUAUCUGAAUGCCUGCUACAAUGCCAUCGAUCGGCAUAUCCUAGCCGGCAGGGGCGAGAAGGUGGCGCUCAUUCAUGACAGUCCACUCACUGGAACGGUGCGACGUGUCACAUACCAGGAGCUGUACGAUCAGAUUAUCCUGCUAGCUGGAGGUCUGGCCAAAAUGGGCGUGGUGAAGGGAGAUCGUGUGGUGAUUUACAUGCCGCUGAUACCCGAAACGAUCAUUGCCAUGCUGGCCAUUGUGCGUCUGGGCGCCAUACACUCGGUGGUCUUUGGUGGCUUUGCCGCUCGGGAGCUCUGUUCGCGCAUCGAGCAUGUGGAGCCGAAGCUGGUGAUUGCCUCGAAUGUGGGCGUGGAACCGGGCAAGGUCGUGCCCUAUCUGGACAUUCUCCACUCGGCCAUUCAAAUGUCCCGCUGGCGUCCGCCGCAGCGGAACAUUAUCUUUAUGCGUGAGAAUGUCUCCGUGGACACGGUGGACGAGCAGUCGGAUGUGCUCUGGUCGGAUGUGCUGGCCAUGUCCGAUGCCAGUCAACCGAUUGCCUGUGUGCCCAUCGAGGCAAAUGAUCCGCUGUACAUACUCUACACCUCGGGCACCACCGACAAGCCGAAGGGUGUGCUCCGCACCAUUGGUGGACAUUUGGUGGCGCUGAUGUACACGCUGAAGCGUAUCUAUGGCAUUGGGCCGGGUGAUACUUGGUGGGCUGCCUCCGACAUGGGCUGGGUGGUGGGUCAUUCGUACAUUUGCUAUGGUCCGCUGUGUCUGGGCGCCACCAGCGUCAUGUACGAGGGCAAACCAGAUCGCACGCCCGAUCCAGGGCAGUACUUUAGAAUCAUCGAUCAGUACCAGGUGCGUUCCAUCUUCUCCGUGCCCACCUCCUUCCGUGUCAUACGUCGUGCUGAUCCGGACAUUAGCUAUGGCCGUCAGUACUCCAUGAAGUCGCUGCGUGCCAUUUUCAUUGCCGGCGAACACUGCGAUUAUGAGACCAAAAUGUGGAUUGAAAAGACAUUCAAGGUGCCGGUGCUGAAUCAUUGGUGGCAAACGGAAACGGGUUCCGCGGUGACGGCUACCUGUUUGGGCUAUCAGCAAAGUCUCACUCCGCCCACAUACUCCACGGGUUUGCCCUUGAUGGGUUAUGAUGUAAAAGUACUCAAACCCGAUGGCAGCGAGUGUAAACCCUCGGAGCUGGGUCGGAUUGUGCUGAAGUUGCCACUGCCACCAGGCAACAUGGCCACGCUCUACAAAAACGAAGAGCUCUUCCGCAAAUUGUACUUCCAAAAGUUUCCAGGCUACUACGACACCAUGGAUGCUGGCUACAAGGAUGAACGUGGCUACAUUUUCGUCACAGCUCGCGAUGAUGAUGUCAUCAAUGUGGCUGGACAUCGUUUGUCCACUUCCAGCUUGGAGGAUGCUGUACUCCGGCACCCGGAUGUGGUGGAUGUGGCUGUGUUUGGUGUGCCCGAACCCACCAAGGGCCAAGUGCCACUCUGCCUGUACAUACCCGUCGAGAAUUGCCGCAAAACGGAUGCCAAACUCUCCACGGAGAUCAUUAAGCUCAUCCGCGAUGUUGUCGGACCCAUUGCCGCCUUUCGGCUGAUCACUUCGGUGAAUAAUCUGCCACGCACACGCUCCGGCAAGACGAUGCGCAAGGCCAUGGCGGACUUUGCACGCAAUGAGCGAGUGGUCCUGCCCGCCACCAUUGACGAUGCGAGCGUCUUCACUGAGAUACGACGUGCCCUGCAGCAGCUGGGCUAUGCCAUGUCCGCACCGGAUCCCAUUGUGGCCAAGCUGCUGGACUGAAGAGGGGCACACAGAAUCCAUUCCCAUGAACCAAAAAAUGUAAUAAAAUGUAAACUGAAA